GCUCUCGUUCUCCGUAAACGGUGUCACACCAGUAGAAUAUAAUCUCCACCGCCGGCGACAUCAGCAGGUUUUGGAGAGAUGGCGUCAAAGUUGGUACAAUUGAAAUCAAAGGCGUGUGAAGCGUCCAAGUUUGUGUCAAAGCACGGCACGACUUACUACAAACAGUUGUUGGAGAAGAACAAGCACUAUAUCCAGGAGCCUGCCACUGUUGAGAAAUGCAAUGACUUGUCUAAGCAGCUUCUCUACACUCGUCUUGCUAGCAUUCCUGGACGUACUGAGUUGUUCUGGAAGGAAGUGAAUCACGUGAAAGGCUUGUGGAAGAAUCGUGCAGAUUUGAAGGUUGAAGAUGCUGGAAUCGCCGCACUUUUUGGUCUCGAAUGUUUCGCUUGGUACUGUGCUGGUGAGAUCGUUGGAAGAGGCUUCACUUUCACCGGCUACUACCCUUGAUUGAUUCAAGAAACUCCCAUGAACAAACCAUGCCUUUUUUAAAACCAUUGAACAGCUUUUUUAAAAAAAAUCCAUAAGACUAGCGGUUUAUCAUCGCGUUAGAGCCAAAAUUUGAUUUCUUUUUUUUUCUGUCUCUGGAUAUUUUAAUACUACACACAAGUUUUGAAGCUGAGGAGGCAUCAUAACUCUUUAAUAAUAUCGAUAGACAACAUGUUUGCUC